GACCCCACAGUCUGCACUGUCCCCAGCCGAAGCUCCUCACUCGUCGUCUGCUCUCCUGUCCGACAGUCCGCCAUGUGCGCUGCUCCGCUCGCGGCCGCUGCCCUCGCGGCUGCGGCCCCGCGCUCCGUGUACUCAUUUUCUGCGCGCCCGUUGGCCGGCGGGGAGGCCAUGAGCCUGGGUUCCCUGCGGGGCAAGGUGCUGCUCAUCGAGAAUGUGGCGUCGCUCUGAGGCACAACCGUCCGGGACUACACCCAGAUGAACGAGCUGCAGCAGCGCCUCGGGCCCCGGGGUCUGGUCGUGCUCGGCUUCCCAUGCAACCAGUUCGGGCAUCAGGAAAAUGCUAAAAACGAAGAGAUCCUGAAUUCCCUCAAGUACGUCCGACCUGGCGGCGGGUUCGAGCCCAACUUCACACUUUUUGAGAAGUGCGAGGUAAAUGGCGCGCAGGCGCACCCCCUCUUCGCCUUCUUGCGCGAGGUUCUGCCUGCCCCCAGUGACGACGCCACUGCGCUCAUGACCGACCCAAAGUUCAUCACCUGGUCGCCAGUGUGCCGCAACGACGUCGCCUGGAACUUUGAGAAGUUCCUGGUGGGCCCAGAUGGUGUGCCUGUGCGCAGGUACAGCCGCCGCUUUCCAACCAUCGACAUUGAGCCUGACAUCGAAGUCCUGCUGUCCCAGGGGCCCGGCUGUGCCUAGGGCAACCUUCUUAUCCCUGCUGCUUUGCUGUCACAGCACCGCUCUCUGGGGAUUUCAUCCAUGACGGUGUUUCCUCGAAAUCUGCAUAGAGGAACGCCUGAUUUCCAGGAGAAUCCCGAGUUGGGCGCUUAUCCAUCCCAGCACCCCCUUCCCACACCAAGGCUCUUCACUAAUAAAGUGUUGGGUAUCAGCAAAA